AGCUGGUCUAUUUACGGUGCCUCCUUGACUCCUGCAGGUCUAAGAGGGUUAGGGUUCUGAGGUGUGAUCUCUGCUUCACUGCUCCUCCUGCUGACAAACACCUGAAGCUGCGGGCGGUGUUGGCCGGCAGCCGUUGGUCUGCACCAAACAUGGGGAACCACGGCUCCAACCUGGACGACAUCCUGUCCCAGGACAUGCACCACUGGUACAACAAGUUCAUGAGAGAUUCUCCGUCAGGUCUGAUCACGCUCUUCGAGCUGAAGACCAUCCUGGGCCUGAAGGGGAUGAACGAGGACGCCAACAGCUACGUGGACCAGGUGUUCUGUACCUUCGACAUGGACGGGGACGGCUACAUCGACUUUGUGGAGUACAUCGCUGCCAUCAGUCUGCUGCUGAAAGGAGAAAUCAACCAGAAACUCAAGUGGUACUUCAAACUGUUCGACCAGGACGGCAACGGGAAGAUCGACAAGGACGAGCUGGAGACCAUAUUCACGGCCAUCCAGGACAUCACACGGAACAGAGACAUCGACCCAGAGGAGAUCGUCUCGCUCAUCUUCGAGAGGAUCGACAUCAAAGGAGAAGGUGAGAUGACCCUGGAGGAGUUCAUCGAGGGAGCCAAAGACCACAAGGACAUCAUGGACAUGCUGAGGAACCUGAUGGACCUGACCCCGGUCCUGAUGAUCAUCGUGGAAGGACGGACAGGAUGAGAGCACGGAGGGACCUGACCUGGAGACCCUGACCUGGAGCCCCUGACCUGGAGACCCUGACCUGGAGCCCCUGACCUGGAGACCCUGACCUGGAGCCCCUGACCUGGA